AUGACAGAAGAUUGUUUGAUAGUAAAUGUUUGGACACCAUAUCCUAAACCAAAAAACGCCACAGUUAUGGUCUACAUCCACGGUGGGGCAUUCAUAGCUGGUUCAUCACACGAAGUAAAUUAUCAUGGAGAAAACUUUGUUGCAUUGGGAAAUGUUAUAUUAGUAACUAUGAACUACCGCUUGUCUGCACUUGGAUUUUUGACAGCCCUAGAAGCUGGAAUUAAAGGAAACUUUGCUCUGUUUGAUCAGCGGUUGGCGUUGGAAUGGGUAAAAGAAAACAUAAAAGAAUUUGGUGGCAAUCCUAACACCAUUACGAUAUUUGGAAACAGUGCUGGCUCGGUUAGUGUUUCUGCUCAUACUUUAUCUGAAGGCAGCUGGCCGUAUUUCGAUCGUGUCAUUCUUCAAAGUGGAAACAUGCUCAUGUAUUGGGCAUUAUCUACUAAGGUUUGUGAAAACAGAUAA